GGCCGGGCGUAUCCUUCGAGAAUGCAGUCUGCAGCCGGUCCUUUCGUUCGCAUGCGCUGGGUCAUCCUCACAGCGCUGAUCGCCGGCGCCAUGGCCUGCGGCGACAACGCGCCGCUCAACCGCCUUGACACGUGCGCCACGUACGCGACGCGAUGCCCACGAGACGACAUGUACGAACUAGCCUUGCUCAAUGGCUGCCCUCGCUGCUUCCUUCGCGCAACUUGCCAGCUCCAGGAUGACCUCGACGAGCAGUCGACCACGCCCCAUAGCAAGGUGCCCAUCUUCAAGCCCGCGUUUGGCGACGUAUUGCGCGAAGACGAGGUGCUCUUCGCACACAAGGGCAUGCUCGCAGCGAUCGCCGCCGUGUGCGCCAUCGUUGGCGUUCUCAUUGCCGCUGCGAUGCGCUCGCGCCGACAAGCGCCGACGAGCUACUACUCGCGCAUUCGCAACCCACUCAUGGAGGACGUUGACGAAAACGACGACUUGAACCCGUUCUGCCAAAAACUACCACCCGACGACGAAUCCAUGAGGCUCAAGAGUCCUCGGGCAAAGGGCGUCUUGGCCAAGAUCAUCCAGCUAUAGCAGUUGCGCCAUGGUCGCUGUAAAACCCUCCAUGAGGACAAUGAAGCUCAUGUCUCAUAGCC